UAUAUACUAGAGCUAUAUGCACGUACUGUAUUAAAAAGACCCGCCAAUUUAAAGAACUACAUUUCAUCCGUUUGAGAAGUGCCUAUAAACUAUGGCGGGUCUGCCGCAGAAUGUUCAGUCGACGGAGGCAGCUCUGCAGGAGGCUGGUAGCAAUGUGGACAUCUUCCUCAAUAAGGAUAAAGGUUUUCCAGCUCUGGAAGACCUUAUAUCUGCUGCCAGGACAGGACCCGCUACAAUGAGUGGUACAACGGAGAAUGAUUUUCCAUCCCUAGCAGCGCCCUCUAUAGGUCUUGCGGACCUGCCGCUCCUUGGGCCAACCAAGAAGACCCCUCUGCCUCCGGAGCUGGUGGAACAAUUUGGUCAUAUGCAGUGUUACUGCAUGAUGGGUGCGUUCCCUGGGAUAAGCAGAGCAUGGCUGAGUGUUGACACAGAUAUCUUUGUGUGGAAUUACCAAGAUGGUGGAGACUUGGCCUACUUCGAUGGCCUGAGUGAGACCAUUUUGUAUGCCGGCCUCGUCAGACCUAAGCCCAAUAUCUUCAGACCUCAUAUCCGCUUCCUCAUGUGUAUCGCCACCACGGUAGAGAUCGUACUGCUGGGUGUAAGCUUCUCACGACCAAGAGAAGACAUUGAUCCAGAUGACUUUGGCCAGAGUGAGAUGCACCUCAUUCCGGAACCUUUGUUUGCCAUCCCGUCUGACAACUCCCACAUCACCAACAUCCAGGGCACCAAAGAUGGCCGCAUCUUCCUGGCUAGCAAGGAUGGUUGCCUCUAUGAGCUUGUCUAUCAGGCCCAGGACGGAUGGUUCAGUCGCAAAUGUCGUAAAGUCAACCAUUCCAGCGGUGUGCUGUCCUACCUUAUACCCAGCAUGCUGCAGUUAUCAGACAAAGAUCCCCUGGUGCAGAUCGCUCUCGACGAGAGCCGUCACAUCCUCUACACACGCUCGGAGCAGGGCACCCUCUCGGUUUACGACAUGGGGUCGGACGGGAAGGACAUGAGGAAAGUCACGAGCAUCUACUACAGCAGCAUACUACGAGAGACCAUCGCAGCAGCAAAGACCAUUGACCGGUCACAUUUCAAGCAGCUUAUUCACAUAGCAGCAGUCACAAGUCACGAGUCAUCUUACAUCCAUCUGGUUGGAGUAACUCACUCUGGUAUCAGACUUUACUUCUCCACCACCAGAGGGCAGUAUGGUGAUGUCAGCAAGCAGCGGCCGUCAUCUUUGUCUCUGGUUCACGUCAGGCUUCCUCCGGGCUUCACAGCAAACAUGUCCUCAGUCCGACCUACCAAUGUCCAUGUGGCUUCCUAUACCAAAGGUUGCUUGAUGUUGUGUGCAUCGCAGAACGAAGACAGCGAUCGUCUUUGGUGUCUCAGCCAUGAUGCUAUGCCAUUCCAACAGACGCUUAUGGAAACACAGGUAUCGCAUCAAGUGGACAGUAGGACCUGGUUUAUCUGCGAGAUUCCUUCCGAGGACCACAUCACUCCGAGAGACGACGUCUCCUCCAUCUCCUUAUCCCCGUCCUCCAAGCUGAGACCGGUCUCCUCCUCCUCCUCCUCCCCGGCAUCGCCCUCAUACUCCAUCCCUAACCCUCCCGCAGUGGUGCAGCAGCAUGCCUUGCCGGCUCCCAGAUAUGUUCUCCUCAGCUCACAGGGGAGUAUCAUCAUCUCUAGACUGAGGCCAGUAGACCAGUUGAGACAGCUUAUGCUCAACAACAUGGGCCCCAAGUGCCCUGCAGUAGAGAACUUCUUCAGGUUACACAAGGAGGACCAAGCCAGUGCUACCUGCUUGAUCCUGGCCUGUUCCACAGCUUCCAGUGAUCAGACCAUCGCUGACUGGGCCACGCAAGCCUUCUUUCUUUACGGUGGGGAACCUGGAGGCAUCAUGAUGGACCAGCAGCCUCCCCCAGUGGCAAAUCUUGCUGCCGUCUUCGGAGCCACGACCCCCGUUGUAGGCCAGACAGGUCACGACACCACCAACCGCCCCUUUGGCAGCCCCGGAGGCGCCACGCCCGGAUCAAUGCGCCCUGCGGUUGCCUCCACACCUUUCCACCAGUCCACGCCCGCCAAUCAGCCACCCAUGUCUGGUCUCCCUCGGUACGCCCAGCUGUCUGGUAAAUUCCAGGGACUGUGCCUGUACUACGGCAGAAUCGUCAGGCCCAUGUGGGAGCAUCGUCUGGUGAAAGAAGUACCUGUCAUUGGACACCAACCCCUCAAGACAUUGAUGUCCUUGAGCACUGGAAGCCACGAGUUGAGUUCUGUGUUGAGAGACAUGAAGGCAUUGAAGACCUUUCUGGAGAAGAACUCACAAUACACCAUGAUGGCUGAAAACAUGGCAAAUAGCAUGCCUAGCAACAACAUGAUGAGAGGAGAUAGUCUUGUUUCUGGAGGUCCUGCGUUGCAGAGAGAGCAUCUCAGGAUGAGAGCCGAAAUCUAUGCUAAUGAGAGACAGUCUCUGAUGAAUCUGCAGAAGUUGGUUGACAUGACCGUCGAGGUUCUGGAUAUGCUGAAGCUACUCUGCUAUCAUCAAUUCCACGUUGUAGCCGCAACACUUUCUCAGAUGGAUCAAGAAGAACUGAAGAAAAUUACAUUUAGAGAUCUUGUAUUACGAGGAAAAGAGAUGUGCGGUAGUCUCAUCACAGCCCUCAUCAAUCGAUACAUCGGUGACAACAGCACAACGGAAGCUAUCAGUACCCGACUGAGGGAAGUGUGCCCAUCACUCUACAGCGCCAACGAUGCCACAUGUACAAAGGCCAAUGAGACGUUACAAGCAGCGAUGACGGCUGAAACCAAGUCCGUCAGGGAUAGACUGCUCCGAGAAUCGUUGGAGCUUUUCAAGGAAGUGAGUCAACAGCUUAAUCUGGCAGCAAUAUGUGCAGAAUUUCACCAAGCCCACUACUACGAUGGUGUGGUAGACCUGUGCUUAUCAGCUGCCUUCAAGAGAGACCCUCACAACCUAGCUCUUAUCUACUACAAGAAUGGCAAGAAACCUGAAGACGCCCACGGAAUGGAAGCAUUCUCUGCCCGAUUUGAAUGUUACAAGUCCAUCACAGACAUCUUAGACCAGUUGCUGUCUGCCAGCCAGGCCCAGCCCUCUUCUCCAGCGGUACCCAACAGACCAGGUUCUCCUCCUAAGCCUGAUCCAAACAGACUCUCUAAUACAGAUGCGGAACAUUAUUUUGAUGCUAUGAUGCACAAGUGCCUUGUCUCAGACGAUGAACUCUUCCAUGUCACCCUCUACGAUUGGCUGGUCAACAAAGGCCUCAAGGAACAACUACUAGCGAUACCUUCGCCCUUUGUUGAGCCGUACAUCAAGCGGGCCGUCAACUACAACACUGAUAGUCUGGAGAUGUUGGAUCUGCUGUGGAAGUAUCAUGAGAAGAGCAAGAACUACCCGGCCGCUUCUAGGAUCCUCUUGAAGCUAGCGGAGAGACACAGUACGGAUGUGAAGCUACAGCAAAGAAUAGAGUACUUUUCUCGUGCAGUGAUGUGCAGCAAGAGCAGCAGUCUGAGGACAAGCUCGGCAAGUGAAGGAGAAUUCCUGCAUGAAAUUGAAGAGAAACUUGAGGUGGCCCGCCUCCAGUUACAGGUGUAUGAAGCCAUCUCUCAGUCGUGUAACCAUAGCGACCCACAUGUACAGAAUGCCCUCUCCGUCCUCGACUCGGAGUUGAUUGACAUUACCAAACUUUAUGGUGACUUUGCCAGUGGGUUUGACCUGUCCAGAUGCAAGCUGGCCAUUGUCCACUGUGCCGGUCACUUCGAUGAGGAGCUCAUUCAAGAACUGUGGCGAGAGAUUAUUGAUAAAGAGCUAUACCAAAGUGGGGACAAGCUGGCUGCUACCCGUAUGGCCAUCCUGAGUAAACUUUUGAUUAGCUUAGGCAAGAUUUACAGCACGUCAGAGAGAUACUUUCCCUUGGAUUUCUUGGUGUUGCACCUAGAGAAGAAAAACUGUGAAUUAGACUGGAGCGAGUCGUGGGUGUUCAAGACUCUGCUGGCAGCCGAUGUACCCCUUCUUAAACUACACUGUGUGUACGACAGACACUUCAGAGCUAAGGAUCCAUUCUGGCAGACAUCCCGUAACCCUCAGCACAUGCUGCGAGUCAUCGCCUCUCUUCUCUCUGCUUUCACCGACAAUGCUGCACUCGUACAUCUACAGGAUAGGCGUCUCUUCAUCAACUCUACGCUGGAUGCCAUCGCUAGUUACAAGGUGGAGCUAGAAGCUACCCCCGGCAGGCCAAACAUAAUACAGUCCUACCUGGCUAGCUUUAAUGACCUGCAGAGCCGUCUGGAUAGGAUGCAAAUCAACCGUGCAAGAUAAGAGCGCUGUCCCAAGUUUGCUACAAAGCAAUGUUCAAUGUGCCUCAAGAGGAUGUUAUCAACCAAGCAUGAUAGAAAAUAGCAGUCCACUAGCUUUAUAUAUCCAUUUUGAAUGGAUUCAAAUCAACCAUGCGAGAUGGAAAUAGUCCUACCUACUUUGCUCCUUUAUUUAUAAUUGUAGAAAUGCAGUUUGCAAGGACUUUAUUCAAGCAGGGUUGAAGCCUCCAAAUCUCCUGAAGCCUCUGAGAAAAGGUUAUUUGCCUUCAUUUAAUUAGAAGGGAGAAGGGAGAGAUAUUAAAGGCAGUGUUUACCAAUGUUUCCAGUUUUACAAAUCUGAGAUGCAUGGCCCUAUGCAUUGUCAGUGUCUGUGAUAUGGUGUAAUAUUGAAGCCCUAAC